AUGCCGUGGACCACUGACAGUUCAUCAUUCUUGUCGCCAUCUUCAUCAUCACUGAACCUAAUCAACAAGAUGCAGAACGCCAACAACAAUGCUAACCUACCUUCGUCCCAGAUGUCUGGUGGGUCUCGUGUUCCUCGUCUGAUUAGUGCAUCGAAUGUCAACAUGAAUAAGGGUGCACAACUCGGCAGUCCGCCAUUGUUGAUGUCUCCCACGUCUCUUAUUGAGCACCAAUCGAAUCUUCUCGGUCAUCAACAACCAUUCCUGUCUCCCAGAUCAGCCAUCAGACCCGCAAGCCAGAUCAACACUUCUCCGACAGCACUGAACAUGAAUUCCGGAAAUGUCAGCCAGUUGCCUCCACAUCUUUUAUCUCACCAACAAAAACAGCAAUUGAUUCAGCAGCAACUUCAACAGCAGCAGCAGCAACAACAACAACUACAACAACAACAGCAACAACAACAAUUACAACAACAACAAUUGCAGCAACAACAAUUACAACAACAACAAUUACAACAACAGCACUUGCAGCAGCAACAAUUACAGCAACAACAAUUAAAGCAGCAACAACUACAGCAACAACAACUUCAAUAUCAGAGGCAGUUGCACCAGCAAAAAAUACAUCAAAUACAAAUGCAGUUGCAGCAACAAAGUCAAUUGCAACAACAAAGUCAACAAUUAAACAUGUCGAAUGUCUUGUCACAUAUGAAAGAUAUCAAUAAAGACAAAAAUAAUUAA